AUGCCUCUACACCAGACCAUCAAACAUCCGCCUCUGACGUCAUCAGUCGAAAUUGGUGUCUCGCUUUCGAUCUCUCUUUCUUCUUACCUUUCUCUCUCCGCUUUUUUCUCGUUCAAUUUUCUUUUUUUCGUUUUUAAUUCUGUUUCUUUCUUUCUUUUACUACAUAUUUUGAGACUUUUCUUCAUCGUUUUUCAUUUCUUUUUCAUAUUUCUUUUUCUUUCUUUCUUUUUUUUUGACCAAUAUUUCUUUAUCUUUCUUCUUUCUCGCCUUCAUUCCUGCUUUCUUUCUUUUCGUUCGGGUUUAUUCAUUUGUCUUUCAAGACAUACCACACCAUCAUUCGCUUUCUCUCUUUCUCUUUCACCCAUUUUAUUUUUUUUUUCUUCCUCUCUUUUCUUUUUCAUUUCCUUCGUCCUCUUUGUUCGUUUUUAUUUCAUUCUUUAUUUAUUGAUUUCAUUUCUACUUUUUAAUUUCAUUUCUUUUUCACUCCCGUAUUCUUCCUUCCUGUUUCAAUUUUCCUUCACGAGAUUUUUCUCGUUUUCUUGUUCCGAAUCUUUAUUGAAAUCUCGAUCUCGUACGUGUGACUCUCGCUGGCAACGGGAUCUCAUCCGGAUUAGGCUUGCACGUUUUCAAUCAAAUCAACCCCCGCCCCCGCUUACCAUAAUCAUAAUCCUCCCACCAACUUGCGUCACAGCAAUCGCCAAAUUUAAUGUAACCUAA